GCAGCGACUUGGUGGGCACGGUAGGCUCGCUAAAGAGGGGCGGAGGGGCACGCACACAGCUGGUUCAGCCUGGUUUGAGCAAAUUCCGUGACGAAAUCCUUGACGGGAAGAAAAAACAGGCUACGCAACGCCCGGAAAAAGCACAAAAACAGUGGCAGCUUUCCCUUUGGCUAUUCAACGCUCUGGGUAAACCAUUGGCGGAAUAUCUAUAUACAACGGUGUAUAUAUUGUGCAAAGCCUUGAGACAGAAGGCAGCUUAGGUGUACACCUUAUCGUCAUAUUCUCUGGGUGUUUUGUAUACUCUCUGGCUGAGUGAUUUGUCCAAGAGCAAUCGAUGGAGGGCGGUGACUUGAGAAAGGAGACACGGGGAGAGCAAACGGCGGAGAUGCCAGAUCUCAACGCGGUACUUGAUGCUCAGUUCUACUACGAUAAGCUACUGGGGCUCUCUAAUAGCGGUGGAGAGCUUGUGCAAGAUCAGAAUUUAGGCGUUGUGGAUUCCAGCUCGCUGUUGGACAGUAUGGGUAUAAUGGAUGGCGUGGACAAUGGGUUGUCGCAGCAGCAACAGCAGUCUCUCGCAGAACUGACACAGGCACAGCUACAGCAGCCACCACAGGUGACACCGUAUUCAACAGCAGCACAGGAUCAACAACAGCAACAGCUGGGAAGUAUACCGACGUUUCAAUAUACCUCUGAACAGCCGGAUAGCGGUGCAGCCGUGUACAGGGAUACCGCUGCUGAUGCGGUUGGUCCUCAUGAUAGCCCCUCACAGAGUGCACUCCAUGAUUUCUACAAUGAUAAGUUCCUGGAUGAGCUGAACUGGAAUUUCACCACUGAUAGCAUGAGUGCUAUAUUCAACGACUCCACUACUCUUCCGUCUGCGAGAACUUCUUAUGAGUACAGAACUUCUAGCGAAGUAUUUGAUUCGAUGUCCCAGUUCGAGGAUGAGAAUUCGAGUCCUUUGAACUCGACUCCUUCACGGUUCAGAACGUCAAUAUCAAAUUCGUUGUCGUCAAUAUUCAAAUCGAAUAAUCCAAACAGGUUCAACUUGAGAGGCAUAAACCCACUAUCAACACAUAAGGACGCGGAACUAAUGGUUUCGACGUUACCCACGUUGGAGAACAGCGAGGAGGACUUAACUAAAGUGAAGGAUGAGGAACAGCAACAACAGCCUAAGAAGCAGAAGAAUAGAGCGUUCUGUGACCAAGAGAACAAUCUCCAUGCAAAAGAGUUCUACACAACCGAUCCCAGAGACGACAGAGGAGGAGAAGAUCAGCUUUGAGUUUGACGAGGAGUUGAGUCGGGUGAUAUCAUUAGCCAGUAUGAACUCAUCCACCUAUAAUUUCAAUAAUAACAAAACCAAUACUGUGUCGCAAAGUGAAACCUCUCCUGCUGUUGGACGGAUUUCCAGCGAUUCCUCUCUACCUAUGGAGGUUGAUGAUGUGGACAUGGAUGAAGAUUCCAACAGAGAGCUCAAACAAGAUACCAACGAAGAAGGUGAUCAGAAGAAGCACUCUCCAGAUUACGCAGCUCUAUUUUCUGAUGUCAAAACUUCGAAGAAA